AUGUGUUGGGUGUGGAUCUUUUUGUCAUAUUUGAACCCGGUUACUGCGAAACAGCACCAGGGGUUGUUGUCUAAUUCCAGUGGACUUUUUAAACCCAAGAAUCCACAUUCACUGGACCACUUGAAAUAUUUAUAUGGGAUAUUGUGCAAGAACCAGACAGUUACAGAGGGCAACUUGGGUUUGCUGGUGGAGACCUUGCGUUCCAUCUCUGAGAUUCUCAUCUGGGGAGAUCAAAAUGACAGUACUGUUUUCGAUUUUUUCUUGGAGAAGAACAUGUUGGUGUUCUUCUUGAAGUUCAUGAAGCAGAAGUCAGGUCAGUGCAUCUGCGUGCAGUUGCUGCAAACUUUGAACAUACUCUUUGACAACAUCACCAACGAAACAUCAGUGUAUUACUUGCUUUCCAACAAUCACAUCAACUCGAUAAUCGUCCACAAGUUCGACUUCUCAGAUGAGGAGGUCAUGGCCUACUACAUCUCCUUCCUGAAGACCCUCUCCAUGAAGCUCAACAAACACACAGUGCAUUUUUUCUAUAACGAACACACAAAUGAUUUUGCACUGUACACUGAAGCCAUCAAGUUCUUCAACCAUUCUGAAAGUAUGGUGAGGAUUGCUGUCAGGACCAUCACUCUCAAUGUCUACAGAGCUUGUGUUCCUCUAUCAAAAAUGAAUGAAAACAGUGAAAACUGUCUUGCUGAAGACAGAAGCAUGUUGCAAUACAUCAAAGAGAAGACGGCCUCCCCCUACUUCAUCAACCUGGUCAAGUUCAUCGGCAACCACAUCAUUGACCUCCACAACUGCGUCACACAGGACAAUGACAAACUCAAGGAUGCGGUUGCCAUCUUCAUUCCGUUUUCCAUAGCCAAAACCGCCAUGUACGUUAUCAAAACCAUCUGUUUUCUCUCCAACGUGGCCAUUGAGAUCGCCUCCAAUCAGGAUUGUUUCAGAUUUUGCGCAGCUGAUGUCAAUCCUUCUACGCUCGAGCAUUUCUGCGAUUUUCAUGCUGCGGCCAUUAUAAGCGGUGGGCCUAGCCUUUCGCUCAAAAGCACGCAAGGCAGCGUGGAUGCAGUUUUAUGUCAUACCCAGGACCAUCUGGUAUACCAUAACAGCAAGGGUAAGUUAUCUGAUCUGAUUGCAGAACACCUGGACCACCUGCACUACAUCAACGACAUCCUAUGCCUCGAGAUAGAAGCCCUCAACGAGGUACUCACAGAACAUCUCCUCAACCAGCUCUUCAUCCCUCUCUACAUCCAUUCACUCCUACCCGGUCACGACGAUGAAGCAUUCAACGCUGCUGCUGCUGCGCACAGCAGAUUUGCUGCUAAGAAGACUUCAAGUGAUACCGCCAGUGAUGUCAUUCAGGACAACUGUAUAGUUUCUCUCUUUCUUAUCUCACAACUUUUCCUGAUAAUUCAUCACGGUCCGUUGGUCACUGAGUUGGUCCGCAUCAUAUUCAUGAAGGACAUUGACGAUGGCUUCACACAGGAAAUCUUGAAAAAGAAGGAUGACGAUGACAAAACUCUUAAUUCAACAACUGCAGACAACCAAGCGUGUGGGUCAAAGAUGAAAUCCAACGAAGUCAUCACAGACACCAACUCCACUGACGAAGAGAAGCUGAUGAGAUGCAUCAACAACUCUUCCAUAACGCUCCAGCCAUUAAAGAUUCCUGCAAGACCAUACCUGACGAUGAUACUUUCCUCACUGCGCUGCUCGAGAGAUGACUACCAAGCACUCCUGGCUCUCUGCCUCAUCUACUCUCUCAAGUUGAAUACAGGUGUGGACCAGAAUAUGUUGGAUUCCAUUCAAAUACCUUUGCAGGAAUCUACAUCAGCUGUGUUCCAGAGUUUCAACGUGGUUGUGAUACAACAUCUUAUCAACAUAAUGUCUCUGUCUUGCCAGAAUGCGAGCAAGAUACGACUGGUGACCUUGGAGUUGAGCAUCAUGUUGUUGAAGGUCAUGUGCGUCAGCGGCUUGGAUGACGAGUACAUAGCAGCCGUUGAGGGAAUCAAGGAAGGAUCGACACUCAUGCUCAGGAACUUCUACAAGAGCGAGGAGAUAUUUCUGGACAUGUUUGAAGACGAGCACAGGGAGCUGACAACGCACCCUCUGAACGUGGACCACCUGAUGAUGGACGCCUGCAUCCUCCUCCCCCCCAUCGGCACCCCACUCACCGGCAUCGAUUUCUGCAAGAGACUUCCCUGUGGAGAGGUUGAAAGAGCUCGACGGGCCAUAAGAUUCUUCUUCCUAGUGAGGAGCCUCUCGUAUUACUUGAGACGUGAAGAGGACACUUCACUGCCUCUCACCAAGGAGAACGAGUGCGUUCAUUUCGAUGAUGUUCUUGACCUGAACAACAGUGAUCUGAUUGCAUGCACUGUCAUCCACAAUGAGAGCAAAAAGGAAAGAAGAUUUCUCGUGAUUGACACACUACAACUGAUCCUUGUUGAACCAGACUCAAAAAAAUUGGGAUGGGGUCUUGUGAGGUUCACUGGGUUCCUUCAGGACACAGAAGUGACGAGUGACAAGGAGGACAGCAGAUGUCUGCAGGUCACCAUCCACAAACCAUCCAGUAAUACAAACGUCAGAACUAGACCUCUCCCAAUCCUCUCCGCUAAGUUUCUGUUUGAUGAUCACAUCAGAUGCAUGGCUGCCAGACAACGAUUAACGAAAGGGCGAUUGAAGGCCCGACAGAAGAAGAUGCAGAUGAUUGCUAAGGUGCUCGACAUGCCCGCUCAUCUGGUGGACUCCAUGUACGCUGGUUCAACUCUUUCGUCAAUCACUCGCAUGAACCUUGCUCCGUCAUCUUCAUCAUCACCCUCAUUGCUUGGAUCACCUCAUUUUCCUGGACAGGCCCACAGGAGAAAGACAAGAGAAAUUGAUGAUGACCCUCAGAGUGUUAACACGAACAACAAAUCACCACCAUCCAUCAAGCAGUCCAUAUUUGCGUCUGUCGAUAAAGUACCAGCUUUCAAUUCAGUAGCAUCCGAGCAGGAACAUGAAAGACGAGCCAGAAGGUUGAAGGCUAAACUAACAGACAGCAUCGCCAGGCAGCAACAACUUGCAAAAACUUUGUUAUCUAGCAGCAGCAACACAAACGACAAUUUAAAUUUAGUCAUGUCUACACCGGAGAGUAAAAAAAAGAUGUUCCUAUCGAUGGCCAAAGAAGCCAAGCAAAGGUCAAUGCAGCAGAAUAAAAAGCUCGAACAGCCGCAAUGUAGCGGGGGUGUAACGGAUUUCCAGUCAACAAAAAGUGGAAGUACGGUUUUCGAUUAUAACAAUCCCAGUGAAUCAAAAUUACUUAAUGAAGCAAAAAAAAGUUGUCUAAAAGAAUCGUUAUCAUCGUCAUCCGCUCUCUCGUCGGCUCACAGAGACUUGGAAAAAGCAAACAAAGUUGGAUCACUAGAUUCGAAAAUUGAAGCGAGAAGUGCUGUAGCGGAAUCGUGCCAGAACAUGGUCCGUGCUAGUUCGGAGACGAGGUCUGUGAGAGUGAAGGAUGAAGAAAGAAGAAACUCGGGACCACCUUCGAAUUUGUUCAACUUGUCAAGAAGUCCAAAAGAAAAAUUUGCUUCCUGGAUUAAUCCAAUAAUUUAUCGAACAACAUCAACACAAGAAGAAACCACGCCACCUGAAGAAACGAUAUCAAAAGAGCCUGUUGCCGAAACACACGGGGAUAAGAAAUGA